GAGCUCCACGCCCGCCGCCGCUCCCCUCAUCGCCUUCGUACCCGCCGCCGCUCCCUUCAGCGCCUCCUCACCCGCCGCCGCUACCCACUCCCGUACCAAUUCUCCCUUGCAGCGGCGCCCAAACUCGCCCUUCCGUUACCGCCUCCAAAGGGGAGGUAGGUGGUGGGUCUGCUCCCCAUGGUGAGCAGGGCGACGACGGUUCCCGGCGGCCGCCACGACUACUACGCCUCCGUAGAUGCCGUCGGGCCGGCUGGACGCCACCCCACGCGGACGCUCCCUCCCCACGUCCCUGUGCUCUUUCCUGAGAUGGCUCUGCAGACUAGGGUUCCUGGCGGCUGCCGUCGUCGAUGCCGUCGAGUCGGCUGGGCCCCAUACCUGGCGGACCUUCCCUCCCUUCGCGUCCUCCCCAACAACCCAAGAAUCUACCCAAGGCUUCGCCGAUUCCUCCCGCAUCGAUCUGUGUUCUAGCAAGGAAGUAUGGCGGCCAGCUCCGCCAUGGAGUGGGUGCGCCCACCCGCUCGAUCUAGAGUGGUCACGUUUCUUCUCUCGAGAUUCAAGAAGUUCACUACUGUUACAGUGGAAGCCAGUGAGCGUGGCGGCAGCUGUAGUUGUUUGGUUGAUUCGGCCAACCGAGUGCGUCCUACAUAACUACUACUGCAUGCAAGGGAAGCAACGAGGUGUUCUUUCUUCUCCAAAUGUCCCUAAUCCAAAGAAAGAUGUCCAAAAUGUUACCGGCCAGGCUGAACUCGACUGAUGAAGAUUGAAAGGUCUAACAUGAGCAGCUUUCCUUUCCUGCUGUCGAAGAAUCAGGAGAUAAUAGAAGGUGUAGAAAGCUACUGGACGGUGUUAAAGCUGCUAGACUGGACGUCUAAAUUUGGCAUGUAUUUCCCUUUAUAUUUGUUAAUGUUAAAAAAAAUCAUGGAAAUUAAUUUUGGAUAUCUUUAAAUUGGUUAUAUGUGUGUUCAAGCACGCAAAUGAUUUGUGAGAGGAACAUCUUAUGUCUUAUCUGUCGUACUUAUUCUCACAUUAGCAUAUAUGUGUAGAAACUGUCACCAUAAAAUUAAUUAUAAAGUGUUUUUCUGA